GGACCGCAUUGAAAGGAGCGUGCGACACGGACACAACUUCAAAGAUUGACAAAAUUUUAUUACAUAUUCCUUUCAAAUUAAUCGAAUUAGAACGACCUAUUUUGAUGGAUUUAAGAGCAUGAUUGCAGCUCUUGUCUCAACAAAGUUACAUCAUCUUUACAAAAAUUUAUUUUGGAGGAGUUUUUCAACCAAAUUCGCCAUGGCAAACAGCAAGUUUGAGUACGUCCGCAAUUUUGAAACAGACGACAGGUGUCUGCCGAACACUUGGAUUGUGGUUCGAGUUGACGGGAGAGGUUUCCACAGGUUUUCUGAAAAACACGAAUUUGCGAAGCCGAACGACAAAAGGUCUUUAGACCUGAUGGGAAAGGCCGCUGGCAGGGUGAUGACAGAAUUCAAAGAAAUCUGCCUCGCCUAUGGACAAAGUGACGAGUUCAGUUUUGUGUUCAAACGAGACAUGGAUCUGCAUAAAAGGAGAGCGUCCAAGCUGAUGACUAGCGUGGCUAGUAUCUUCACUUCAGCAUUUGUUUUUCACUGGCCUCAGUUCUUCGACAUUCCUCUUAAGUAUCCACCUUCAUUUGAUGGGAGAGUGGUUCUUUAUCCAACAACGCAGAACCUGAGAGAUUACCUCAGUUGGAGACAAGCUGACUGUCACAUCAAUAAUCUCUACAACACAGCAUUUUGGACUCUAGUUUUGAAAGGGAACUUGACAAAUGCUGAGGCAGAAAAAAGGUUAUGCGGAACGUUUGCCAAUGACAAAAAUGAAAUCCUGUUCUCUGAAUUUGGAAUUAACUACAACAACGAACCACAGCUUUUCCGAAAAGGCACCGUGCUAGUGCGCGAUAAGAAAAAGAAAAAUGAAGAGGAGCUUGAAGGGAGAUUAACCAAGGACAUUUUGGCACUCAAUGAGGAUAUUAUUGGUGAUGCGUUUUGGAAUAAUCACAAAAUUCUUGAUUGAGUGAUAUUUUUUGCUGUUUUAAUUUCUUAAACUGGGGGGUGCAGUUUCCCUGUCAGAUAGGAUAAAUGGGGAAAAUAUAUGUAAAUUUGAUUUCCUAGA